CCUUUAGUCACAUAUUAUCGCUCCAUAAAAAAACGUGACUACUGAGAACUCUAAACGAUCAAUGGGCAGAAAAAAAAGUCUUGCCGACAGGCCAAAAUCUGGUCCAGGAAGAAAAGCUAGGAAGCAACCAGAUCCUACCAUUCCAAGACAUUUACUAGAACCUGGCGAGAAAGAUGCUAGUAAAAGAAGAGGCAAAAAAGUGCUUAAGAAAAAGCAAGGAAAACCUGAAUCCAAAAAGAUAGUUCAGAAGCUAUUCCCUGACGAUGAUAAUUCAGAUGGAGAUGAUGACAUACCUGCUCCUUUAAAAUCCUUCACAAAAACUAAGAAAAAAUUGAAGAAUUCAAAUAAAAAAAAGGAAAAGAAGAAACCAAAAAUUCAGGAGAGUGAGGAAGAUGAACUUUCUGAAGCGCCAGAUCUACCGGAUGAUGAAUUUGACGAGGCAAAUAUGGAUAGUGAUAUUUCACUUGACAGCGACGACGUCGAUGAUGAAUUCGAUAUUAAUUCGGAUGCUUCAGAAAGUGAACUACCAAUAGAAAAAGCCGCCCGAAAACUUGCAAAGCAGCAAGAGCAGGAUGAUGAAGAUGCAGAAAUGGAAUUACAAACUAAUAUUGCAACAACAGAGAAAAUUGUUUUACCGAGUGGCCAGGAAAUUGAAAAAGAAAAAGAAUCUCCUGAUCUAACAAUAGUGAAGCAGAGAAUAAAAGAUAUUUUGGGAGUUUUGGAUAACUUUAAAGAGAGGAAAGAGGAGGGAAAAUCAAGAGGGGAUUACAUAGAUCAGCUUAUACAAGAUUUAGCAUUCUAUUAUAGUUACAAUGAAUAUCUUGCUGGAAAAUUCUAUGAACUUCUUCCUCAUGAGAUUAUUGAAUUCAUGGAAGCUAACGAAGUUGAACGACCCGUGACGAUUCGUACUAAUACUUUAAAAACAAGGAGAAGAGAUUUAGCUCAAGCUCUAAUUAAUCGUGGGGUUAACUUAGAUCCUAUUGGAAAGUGGUCUAAAGUUGGUUUAGUUAUAUUUGACUCUUCCGUUCCUAUAGGAGCUACUCCUGAGUAUUUAGGUGGUCAUUAUAUGCUACAAGGAGGAGCAAGUUUACUGCCAGUUAUGGCUCUUGCUCCUCAAGAGAAUGAACGAGUGUUAGAUAUGGCAGCUGCACCAGGAGGAAAAACAACUUACAUAGCUCAAUUAAUGCGUAAUACGGGUUUAGUUAUGGCAAAUGAUGCCAACAAAGAUCGAUGCAAAGCUCUUAUUGCUAAUAUUCAUCGUAUGGGAGUAACUAAUACUGUUGUCUGUAAUUACGAUGGUCGUCAACUGCAUAAAAUAUUCCACGCUUUUGAUAGAGCCCUUUUAGACGCACCUUGCAGUGGAACAGGAGUUGUGUCUAAAGAUACUUCGGCUAAAACUAAUAAGGAUGAAAAAGACAUUCAAAGGUGUUCACAUAUUCAAAAAGAGUUAAUUCUACGAGCUAUCGACUGCGUAGAUGCUAAGUCUAAAACAGGGGGUUAUGUUGUCUAUUCAACUUGCUCAGUUCUUGUAGAGGAAAAUGAAUGGGUUGUGGAUUAUGCCCUAAAAAUGAGACAUGUAAAAUUAGUUAACACCGGAUUGACGAUAGGAGAGGAGGGAUUCGAGAAAUUCAAGCAACAUCGUUUCACGCCUAGCAUGAAGUUAACUAGACGCAUCUAUCCUCACCGAAAUAACCUUGACGGAUUCUUUGUUGCAAAGUUCAAGAAAUUAAGUAAUGAAGAGAAGAACAAUAAUAAAAAUGUAAAGGAUGAAGAUAAAGAAGAAACUGAUGAAAUGAAUAGUGAGACUGAAAAGAAAGUCACUGAAAAACCAGGAAAGAGAAAAAUGAAGAAAUUAAAUAAGACAGGAAAGAACGGUAAUAAAAAAAUCAUUAAGAACGAAGCUAAAGAAAAAAAAGUGGAUAAUGAGACUGAAAAGAAAGUCACUGAAAAUCGAAAACCAGAAAAGAGAAAGAGAAAGGAAAUGAACGGUAAAAAAGAACCUAUGAAAAAGAAAAAAAUGAAAAAACAAUAGUUUUGUAUUGAAAAUGUAGAGAAAUUAAGUUUUGUUUAUAAUACAUACUUCCAUUAAUCAAUUAUAACAACAGUCGAGAAAAAGCGUUCGAUUGUUAAUGUUUGAAUUAAAAAGGUGUAAAUAAAAUUUGAUCGAUCGAUUUGUUUCUUAAAAAAGACUACUUUUGUGUUUUACAGAAACAACUGCUGUAAAAAAACCAUAUAUCAUUUCCUAAAUCCAUAAUUAAGCAUUCUAAAAUAGUAAUUAUGCUUCUAAUCAAUUAGCUGCUUAUAUGUAUUAGUACAAAUAUACUGUAUGUAUAUCAGUGUGUAUAAGCAUGCAGGGUACAUUAUAUAUUACUUCUUAGAAUUAAUAACAUUUCGAAUUGAAACACUGUUAUUAGAAUAAACGGUAUAGAGAAAAGAAUCACUACCAAAGAAUAGUAUUGGAAACGUAAUUAAUAAGUUAAAAAUAACUUUUUACAUCACGAUUCUAUUAUUCUUUUAAAAAUAAUUUUAGUCCAUCA